GUGUCAUUAUUAUAUUGGAUAAUUUCAUGUCACUCCAACGUGUCAAAGAAAGCUUCCCGGUCCUCUUCCCUCCCCUCCAAAAACACGAUCCCCGCUACCCCAGAUCCAUUGAAAACCCUUCGCUAAAACCGUUAAUUUUCCGUUAGAUCUGAAAAAAAAAAAAAAUUCCUCCACCGUGGCGCCGUCGGGGCCGCAAGCCGUCUCUCGCAGAAAACCUUCUUCGUCGUCAGAACCACCGUCGUCGUCCAGUCCAGGUGCGAGCAGAGUAGAGCAAAGACAACAUUCUAGAAAGAAUCUGAACGUCUAUUAUCCAUUUUGGCAACAGAAUUGGUUCAUCGGAUUACUUUUUGUGAUGGCGAUAGGAUUCUUCGGUCUCGCCCUCUUCCUCUUCCUCACACUCGAUUUCGAUCAAGGUUCUCCUUCCACCGCCUCCGCCGCCUCCUCCUCUCAAAACGUCGAGAUUACCUAUGGGACGAUUUUAAAGCUGAUGCACGAGAAAACAAAAUUUAGGCUGCAUUCACACGAUGUGCCGUACGGGUCUGGAAGUGGACAGCAAUCCGUUACCAGUUUUCCUAACGUCGAUGACUCCAACAGCUACUGGAUUGUUAGGCCUAUGCCGGAUACAUCUACUAAACAAGGAGAAACCAUUCCAAGUGGGACUAUAAUUAGGUUGCAACACAUGAGGACUAGAAAAUGGCUGCAUAGCCACUUGCAUGCAUCCCCAAUAUCAGGCAACCUAGAGGUUAGCUGCUUUGGAGGAGAAUCAGAAUCCGAUACUGGCGAUUAUUGGAGGCUCAUUAUUGAGGGAAGUGGGAAGACUUGGAAGCAAGAUCAAAGGAUUCGGCUUCAGCAUGUUGACACUGGUGGCUACCUGCAUAGUCAUGACAAGAAAUACGCCAGAAUAGCUGGUGGACAGCAAGAGGUUUGUGGUGUUCGAGAAAAGCGUGCUGAUAACGUAUGGUUGGCAGCAGAGGGUGUGUAUCUCCCCAUUACUGAAAGCAAGUAAUAUUGAUAUGUUUAACUGAUCGCUACUUUGUAGAAGCAGGUGCAUGGGUUUUGGAUUUGUAGGUGGCUGGUUCCUGUUACCAUAGUAACUGUAGCUAUUUUACGAAAUCAAAUAGUAUAUUUUUGCAGAACAACUUUUGUCUGCUGAAUACUAUAUUAUGCAUGCUUGUGUACCUUGAGACAAUACUGAUUAGAUGUAGCCCUUCUAAUGAUUAAUGAGUUCUAUUUUUUUCACUAUAAA